UGAAGGCAGCAGGGGUGAUGCUGAUGCUAGCACAGUAGCAGGUGCUGGAGGAGCUGCGCUCCGAUUUGCGGGAUGUUCCUCGGUUCUUAGCUCCAACCAUCGUGUGAUAUCGGCGCGACAGACGCGGGGCCAGAGCCCUGAACCCGAGCAGAGAUGACCACCCGCUCGGAGAGAGAAAAAGCCCAGAAACUGAACGAGCAGCACCAGGCCAUCCUGUCCAAACUGCUGAAAGAGGACGACAACAAAUACUGCGCCGACUGUGAAGCUAAAGGUCCUCGCUGGGCAUCAUGGAACCUCGGUGUGUUCAUGUGCAUCCGCUGUGCCGGAAUCCACCGCAACCUGGGAGUCCACAUUUCCAGAGUCAAGUCUGUCAACCUAGACCAGUGGACCCCAGAGCAGAUCCAGAGCAUGGUGGACAUGGGAAAUGGCCGAGCCAGGCGGCUUUAUGAAGCCCACCUGCCUGAGAACUUCAUGAGACCACAGAGUGACCAAGCAGUGGAAGUUCUGAUCCGGGACAAGUACGAGAGGAAGAAGUACUAUGACAAAGAGGCUGCGGCUGCCAUCGCACAGCAAAAGUCAGCGGACGCUGCCGCCCCCUCCACCUCUCCCUGCGACCAGGCGGAUAGGAGCAAGCAGGAGAAGGAACGUGAUAAGAAGAAAGAAGACAAGAAGUCAGACAGACAUUCCACCACCAAGUUAGAGAGCAGGGCGAGUCCUAAGAAAGAGGCAUCGGUGGAUCUGCUCGGUCUAGAAUCUCCAGAGCCUCCGAACGGGCAAAGCUCCAGCGCUGCUGGCCAGGAAGUGGACGUCUUUGGACCCUUGGUGUCCAACCCCCUCCCCACACAGGCUCAGUCUGGCUCCAGCACAGCACCUCAGCAGGCGGAUCCCUCCACCUCCUCCUCUCCCUCCUCCUCCACCUCCACCGCCACCAACACAAGGGCAGAGGAGAAGAAGCUGCUCUCCAAAGACUCCAUCCUGUCUCUGUACGCCAGCAGCUCUGUGGGCAGUCCAUCUCAGAGCCAGCAGCAGCAGCCUGCCCCGGGCCAAGGAGCGUUCGCAGGCCAACCGACCAUGGCGUUCAGCCAGGGCGUGAGCGGGCCAGUGCCAACUGCCGCCAUGAUGGGUGGAGGCGCCAUCAUGUCCAGCAUGACGCUGCCCAACGGCGGCUACACAGGGCAGCAGCAGCAAGGACAGUGGACCGUGAACCAGCUGACUCAGCAGAUGUCCGCCGCCACCGUGAGCAGCAGUGGCGGCUCGGCACCGGCACCUGGAUGGACCGCAGCGCCACCGUCCUCCGGGCAGACUCUCAGCACUCAGCUGUGGAAGUGACCUCCAGAACCUCGGGAGGGUCCUCACAGAAGAAUGACUGGCAGCUGUCGUGUUUUUCUUUUCUCGUCGUCUGAAGACAAAUACAGCACAAUAGAGGAGGAGACGCUCCCGGAAGCUAGUCCGCUAGAUAUAGUGUAUCAAUAUGAGAGUAGAUGGUUUAGUCGCGUGCUGUGUGUGUGUCGUCCUCCCGCUGCAGGCGCACAACCUGUGUGUGUGUGUGUGUGUGUGUGUGUGUGUGUGUGUGUGUGUGUGUGUGUGUGUGUGUGUGUGUGUGUGUGUGUGUGUGUGUGUGUGUGUGUGUGUGUGUGUGUGUGUGUGUGUGUGUGUGUGUGUGUGUGUGCGCGCGUGUGUGUGCGCGCGUGUGUGUGCGCGUGCGCGUGUGUGUGUGUGUGUGCGCGUGCGUGUGUGUGUGUGUGUGUGUGCGCGUGCGUGUGUGUGUGUGACUGUGAUGUAACCCAGAGCCAUAGAAGACGUCGACGGUGCUGACAACCACGUGACCCCCACGUGGACACUCACUCAUUCUUCAUUGCCAUCAGCUGAAACAUUAUGACCCCUGACAAGAGACCUGGGCAUCAGGGCUGAGCCGGACCGUGGCUCUCAGUCCAGGUAGGAGAUGAGAUCCUUCCCUGGCUGGAGUCCUUCAAGCAUCUUGGGGUCUUGUUUUCGGGUGAGGACAGAAGAGCUGGGGCCAAAGACGAGGCCUUUAACUCUCACUUGUGGUCUCCAAAUCAAAGAAGGUCACAGAUACCAGAGUUUUCUCUGCAGGUCUCAGUCAAGUCUGGCUCUCUUUACUGUGGCUGCUGCCCCCACAACCGGACAGAUUUUUAGCGGCCGGACCUUUGAUCAGUGGUCAUAAUGUUAUGGCUGGUAGGUGAAAAUCAUUUGCUGGUUCAGGUUUAGAGUUUAAACUCCGCUCUAUUCACCACUGCACUGAUGGAAGUUUCCAUCUCCAGAUGAGUCAGCGGUUUCCAUCAUCAGACCCUCAUGGAUCCGACUCACUGCAGCACUCCGCUUUCCUCCCUCUCUCAUCUCCGCUCCUCUGUUCCGUCCUCCCUCUUUUUGUUUCCUGGUGACGUUCCUCUUCUGCUCACAGGCAAAACUUGAAUGACGUCUUUGAUUCUGUGUUCCAGAAUGUUCUCCCGAGUCUUUGUGGCGUCACUUCAGGGACUUCGCAGGUUUUGAAAACUUGUGGCGUGUUUCUUGUAUCGUCGUGUUCAAAGACUCCAUCAUCGUGUGGUGAUUCAAAAGAGAGAAUGUUCCCCUGUGUGCGUGAGAUGAAACACCUAUCUAUAUAUAUAUAUAUAUAUAUCGUCAUGUAGUGAUGGAGACGUGUACGUCGUCCGACUGAGGACACGAGUUAGAUUAUAAUGUGGAAAUUAAAAGUCUUAUGGAAAAUCUGUUUGUGGUGAUGUGUAACAAAUGUCUGGUCAAAGUUCAAUCCAUGGGCUCAACAGUCACUAUGAUGUAAAUCCCAAAACAUUGAAGAGAAAAGUACUGGAAUAAAGAGAAAGAAGUCAAAAGUCUGUUGCAACAAAAAGACCUGGAAGCUUCUCACUCUGCUUGUGCUGGACAGAGACUGGAGCCUGCGAUGGACAGAUGGAUCUUCAGCCCUGAAGACUGACUCUCACCUGCGCUCACCAGCUUUGAACAAGGUCUCAGACACAGGGUUUCUCUGCAGGGGGUGGGGCCUCAGACGGACAACAA